GCUAAAGUAGCGCCACAUAAAGUCGCUACAUAACCUGCAAUCAUAAUAAUAACAAAAGCGUCGCGAGAGUGGCUUUUGUCGUCAAAUAUCGCAAAUUGUUUUCUAUCUAACCCGUUGGCUGCACGCGGUUUGUUGGUGUGAUGUCGAACACAUGAGCUUUGGCGAACAGUGUCGGCAAGAUGGGCGACAUACGAGCUGGUUUAGACGACUUGAAGCUCGAUGGUGCUCUAUUUGCCAACAUUAAAUACUACGUCAGCGGUGAAGGCGAUCCUAAGAUUUUGAAUUUGCUGCAAGAAGGUGGGGCUGAAAGAUCAAAUUAUUUUAGUGAUUUUGUUACACACUUGAUAGCAGGUUACGAAGCACUAGAAAAUGAUAUUUCCGAAGCAAAGGACCUAUAUCAGAUUCCAGCAGUUACACAAAAUUGGAUCUUAUAUUCUGUUAAAUGCAACAAACUUCUACCAGCGCAAUACUUUUCUCCGGAAGAAGAUCAAUUAUUCUCAAAUGUGCGUGUCUGCCUAUCGCAAAUAAGUCGAACAGACAGCAAGUUGCUCUGGGCAAUGAUAACAUUGCAAGGUGGGAAAUGUCAACUACGCUUGGAUAAAUAUUGCACUCAUCUCAUCACAGGCAAAGCUAGUGGCGCAAAAUAUGAAACUGCCAUGAAACAUCAUAUAAACAUUAUAACGCCUGAUUGGAUAACAGAAUGUUGCAAGAAAGGUGCUCUUGUGAGCGAAGUGGAGUAUCAUCCUAGAUUGCUUGUAUCUCCAAAUAGUUCAACCGCUAUGAUUACUGGAUUUAUGGACGAAGAUAUUGAUAAUAAUGUUGCGCAAGAAGAACAAGACAGAACUAAGGCCAUGUUGGAGCAGCUCAAGCAACGGAUGCCAUGGAAUCAGCCCAGUCCACCAGUUUCAAGUGCUUCUCACAGCCUUGGUGCAAGCAGCACGAUAACCGUUCCUUAUUCGACGAAUGGACAAAAUACUGUGCAAUCACAACAACAUCUUCGGUCAAUUUCUUCAACCAAUUUAAGCACUUCCACAAUUAUUCCGCCAAUCUCCGAUCAGAAUAUUGUCAGCCAAACCACUUGGCUUCCACAGGCGUCUCAGCAAAGCAAUAUUUCUCAACAAAUGAAAGUUGUGACACCGCAAAUACAACAGCAAGAGCUAUCGCCGCAACAACAACAAAUAAAUAUGCAACAAUUGAUGCAACAGCAACAAUUAACGCAACAUCAACAACAUAUGCAACAAACGUCGUAUAAUCCUCACCAACUUCUAAAUCAACAACAAUCGUCUCAAGUACCAUCUCAACAACAGCAAUUAAUAGGACAGCAAGAGCAAUCACUCGGACAGCAGCCGAUGAUUACGCAACAACAACAACAGCAGCAGCAGCACCAACAACAACAGCAACAACAAAUAAAUUCGCAAUUAUCACAGCAUCAGAUACCUGCGCAACAACAAGCAUUAUUAACGUCGCAACAAAAGCAAUUAAAUCAACAUCAAAUCAACGUUCAACAACAACAGAUAAAUCAACAGCAGCCAUUACAGUCGCAACAGCCACAUUUGGCACAGCAACAAGUGCACGUAGCUCAACAACAACAACAACAACAGAUAGUAAUGCAACAACAGCAACAACUGUCUUCUCAGCAAUCGCAGAUUGCGAGUCAGCAUCAACUGAAUCAACAGCCACCUCCAUCUCAACACGUCACUCCGGAACAAAGGCAAUUAAUCUUGUUACAACAACAACAACAACAACAACAAAAGAUACAACAGAUUUCGCAGCAUUUACAACAAUCCGCUCCGCAGAACACUCAACAGUUUGUUCUAAGAGAUGGUCAAUUGCAACAACAAUCGCAAAAUCAACAAUUACUCGGACCGAAUCAGCAAGGAUUUAUUUCAGUACAACGAGAUUCGCAAUGGCAGCAACAGCAGUACCACUUGCAGUUGCAAAGACAGCAACAGCAAAUUGGCGCUCAGAGAUCUACUGGAGGACAAUGGAACCAGCAACCUCCUCAACCUCCUAGACAGUUGAUUCAUUUGGAUGCGCAGACGCAUCAGCAGCUACAACAAAUGAAUACACAACAGAGAGCUCUGUUUAUUCAGAGACUUCAGAGGCGACAAAUAUCUCAGAGACAGAUGCAGAGUCGUCAGGCACAACAAAACUCACCACAUAUCGUUAUAAGGAGUCCUGGUAAACCGGUACAACCGGGCAAUUUACAAUGGGUUCAACAAGCUCGGCCGCAGAUGAUGGGACCACAACUUGCACAAGCCCCCGGACAAAAACCCGUACAUCCCGGGGUGCAACCACCGGCGUUAACUCCAAUAAAUUCUUCCAAUCAAGUUAUUGUGCCAGCCGGUCAAAAUGUUCAAGGAUUACAAGCGUCUCAGGCGGGACAGACAUUCCAACAGGGACAAUUGACACCUCAACAGUUAGCACAGUUGCACAUGCAAAAGCAACAACAGAUAGCUAGACUGCAACAACUGCAGCAUCUACAACAACAACAGCAGCAGCAGCAGCAGCAGCAGCAGCAGCAGCAACAAGGCGCACAACAACAAGAUGCGUCGUUAUCGUCUCUGUCAAAUAACGCGCAGAUCCCGGCAGAUCAGCAACUAAAUGCCAAAACAAAAACAGCACUGGCUAACAUGCUAAGUAACAGAAUACAAACCGGUGCUGCUGAAGGUAGCGCGGCUGGUCAAUUAAGAAUGAUGACUGCGCAGCACAGACCUCCACCUCCUCCUUCGCAAGAUCCACAGCUUUUAGCCGCUUAUCAAAGAAAGACUUUGGGAAAUAUAACAAACGGUGCUCCGUCGGGAGCAUCUUUAAAGAUGCAAUACGCUCCGGUUAUGCCACAACCUAAAGCCCAGUUUUACGGUCACAAUCCAAACUUAAAACUGCCACCAGACUUGUUUUUGUUAGGAUGCAUUUUCGUCAUUGUUGAAUACGACGUGCAGCGUCCGAAUGAAAUUUUAGUCUGGAAACAAGUCAUCGAGAGACACGGCGGCGAAGUAGAGCCGCAAUAUUGCACUCGUGCGACUCACGUAUUAGCUAUUACGCAAAAACAUCCAACCGUGGUGCAAGCUUUGCGCGAAGGAAAACGUUGUGUCAGCGCGCACUGGCUUUCUGAUGUUGUCAGUAAGCAGCAAGUAAAUUUUCCUUGGCACGUUCUCCAUUUUCCAACGCCGUUCAGCUUAACCGAACUUCCCUGUGUCAAACAUAUUGUGUCCUUGUCCGGAUUUGAGGGAGAAGAACGGGCAAAAGUAAAAUAUAUGCUAGAGGCUUUGGGUGCAAAAUACACGAAUUACUUUUCCAGACAUAACACUCUUCUUAUUUGUAGAAGACCAGAUGGACAAAAAUAUAAAAAAGCGCGCGAAUGGCAAACCAGCGUUGUAAACGCACAAUGGUUGACGGAUUUGCUUUGCGGACAAAUGAAUGCCUUGCAUCAACUCGACAGUCCAAAGUAUCAACAGUUCAGUUUGAACAAUCCUUUCAGAUUAGAUCAUUCACUAGUGCCUCAUCUAAUGGCUGCUUGGAAAAUGCCGAUAAAUAUUUCUCAAGAGUCAUAUGGAAAAGUAAAACAAGUUGCACAAGGUCCAAAUUCGAUCAGAAAACAUAAAAAACCAAGAUUGGACGGUCCGCUGUUGAAUAAAGAUCCUCACCUUUUGGGUCUAGAUGAACAGAUCGUUGUUAGCAAUCCUGAUCCUCCGACGCCUGACAAACAACCGAGAAUAUUGUUUUCCGGUAUAAAUCCUCGAAAACAUGCAAAGAGGAUUCGAGAACUGGGAGGUGUUCUGGCUGCUAGCUGGCGAGACGCUACUCAUCUCGUUAUGUCAGCACCGUUACGAACAGUAAAGCUGUUAUGUUGUUUAUCCCGAUGUAAAUAUAUUGUCAAUCUUCAAUGGUUACUCGAUUGCUCUGCGAAAAACACAUUCGUCGAUGAGGGCGCAUAUAUGCUCGGUGAUGCAGAAUUUGAAAAAAACUUCAAUUGUAAUAUCGAAAAAGCUUUAGCGAGUCCCAAUCGAGGAACAGUACUUAAGGGUAAAAUAUUUUACGUAACGCCAAGUGUGAUACCGUCUCCUUCGGCAAUCGCGGAAAUAAUAGAAAGUGCAGGAGGCACAAUGGAAAAGACACGUAGAUCGAUUGCGCAAAUACAAGAAUUAAACGCUGGCAAAUUAAAUUAUAUUAUCGUUACCCAUGAAAAUGAUCUCCAUCUUCUUUCUGAUGUCUUGCACGCAAAUAUCAAUGUUUACAGUGCGGAAAUCGUACUAGGUGCAGUUGCACGACAAUACUUUCAACCUGAUUCGAAUCAAGUUUAAAGUACGCAGAUGUAUACACGUCACUGAAUUUUUAUCCCUAUUACGGGCCUAUCAAGUCCUUAGCAAGUUAUUUUCAAGAUGAUAAAUCAUUUACUUAUAUCUUCUGCUAUGGGACAAUAAAGACUAUAUAAUUUUAUGAUAUAAAAAAAUGUUAUUUUAUAUGUAAUAUUUUUAUACCUCUACAAAAUACCAAUGUUUUUCAACUGUGUGACAUAAAAGGUCUGCAGAAAAGUGCCACGUCAAUUUGGAAAAAGAUGAAAAAAGAAGCGAGAAAAAAAUCGUUGAGCGUAAGAGAGAGAGAAAGAGAGUUAGUGCGCUUCUUGGUUAGUGUGCCUCUAUUUGAAAAAGAAUAAAAAAACACUGUCUCCUUUACAAUUCUUCGAAAAUUAUAAAUCAUAAUAUAUCGCGAAAUAUAUGUGUAUAUAUAUAAUAAAUAUCUCAGUAUAUCUGGCAUCCUCUAUAUAUAGAUAAUUUACGUUAUAUAAAACGUGUGUGUGUGUAACACUCCGAGCACUAAAGUUUUUGAUGUAUCAAUUUCGAAUAUUCCAUUCUCUUUUGCGCGUGCGCGAAUAAUUUAAAAAUUAAAAAUCUCAAACAAAUAAACUUUUUUUAACAAAUAAAGGAUUGACUUAAUUUUUAUAACCAACGUAUAUAAUUUAGUCAUUAUAAAUAAUCGUUUAAAGUUCUCUCAAAGGAAAAGAUGGAUAACGAGAUUCGAUCUUCUGAUAACUAUAACACUUAAUAUAGGCAUUGUUAUAUUAUAUCAACACAGUAGGUAUUAGUUUCCAUUAUAUAUAAUAUAUUAAUACAACAUUUACAAAUGCAUUGUACGCAGCAUUGCCGCUAGGCAAUGAUUACUUUUACUUUUCCUGU